AACAAUAAUAAUUAUAAAAUAAUUAAAAUAAUUAAAAAAAUUAAAAGAUUAACUAUUAUUUAUAAAAUAAAAAAAUACCAUUAUUAUUAUUAAUAUAUAUAAAUAUUUUAUGUAAAACCAUUAAUAAAAAAGAAAAAAAAUAAUAAACAAAUAAAAGAAUUUAAGAUAUAUAUACUAGUUUUAUUUAAUUUAAAAAUAUGGGGGAAUAUAUUUAUAAUAUUCAAGAAAAGAUUGAAAGUCCAAAUAGUUCAAUUUUGAAGGAAAGAGAAAAGGUGAUGAAAAAUUUCAUUGGAUUGGGGCCACCGGAUUUAUGUAUAUUAACUAAAUCAUACGAACCACCACGUUUUGUUCCGGGACUAAAAUCAAAUAAAUUAUCAUCUUAUCAUUGGGCAUUGGGUAUUAAUACAGAAUCAACAUCAGCUGCAGCAGUAUAUUUGGGUAGUUCAAUUUUAGAUAAUCAAGAGAAAUCAUCAUUUGGUAGAGGUGUUUAUAAAAUUGAUUUGUGCCAUCUAAUAUCAUACAACGCAUUUUUAAAGAUGGAUUUACAUUUAGAAUUAGCAGGUACAUCAAAUCAUACCUCACCCCCAAUAUGCUAUUCUAUAAAUCCUUCUGGUGAAAAGAACGCAUUGGAGGAUUUGUUUUGGAAAGAGACCUAUAUCAGCUCAAUGCUUCGUUACAUUCAAGGUCCACCACAUUUCUUAAGACCAGUUAAAGUUAUUUCAACAUGUUUAAAGAAUCAAAAUGAUGAACAAGAGUUUUUGAAGCUUUGUCAAGAGCAUUUCUGGCAUGGUAGAAAAUUGGGUGGCUAUGAUAGAGAGCUUUAUGUAGAUCUAAAGACUCAUGCAAACCCCGAUGGAAUGGAGAUUGAUGAUAGUAAUAAUCUACUGGUCACUACAUUAUCGGACUAUUUCAUCUCAAGGAAUCGUCAUUUGCCAAUGUUAAACUUUUUUGAAGAUCUUUACAAAACAGAACCAAGCGUUUCUGUUCCAAUGGCAAUUGCUCAAAGAAAUCAAGGUAAUAUCGAGGAGUCUCAACGUUUGCUCGAAGCAGCUUUAGAAAAAGCACCAGAAUCAUGCUCAAUUUUAAUCGAAUUGGCUUCAACCCUUUUAGCAAAAAAUCAUAAAGAUUUAUUAUCUCAAUUACCUGGUAUCCAAUCACCAACCAAUACCAAUACAAUUACUACUGGUACACCUCCAACUGCUGUAGUAUCUAUUCAAUCACCACAGUUACCACAGCAACCAAAUCAAACUUUAUUAGCAGCAUUGCAAUAUGUCCUAAAGGCCCUCUCUUUAAGACCAUCUUUAGUUGGUGCUUGGGAGGUUGCUGCCUCAGUUUUGGUUCAAAUGGGUUAUGUCGAGUGGGCCAUAGUAUUCCUUAGUAAUGCACCAUAUGUUAAUGUAGACAGUGUCACCGAUAGAAUUGGUAAAGGUAGAUAUAGCAAGGUAACACCAGCACCAGAAAAUCCAAAUAUCCUCCAAGUUCUAGAGGAUGAGGAGAUCGAAUUUGAUGAAGAGCCAGGCGAGGAAGUCUUAAAAUGCCUCUCUUCAACAUCUUUAAGUGGUGAUAGCGAAAGAUACUUUAAGAUACUUAUUGGACUCUUUAAAAAGAUGGGUUGGAUUCAAUUAGCAGAGAAAAAGAAUAAAACCAUUGAUGAAUUGGCAGCUGCUUUAAGAAAUAAACAUAAAAAAGAAAAUGGUGGUCAUAGCCCAGUCCAAAAUGCCAGUAGCAGUGGUGUAGCAGGUGGUGAUGCAACUCAUAAAAAAUCUUUUACCAAGGAUGGUCAUAACACAAUAUCACCAACAUCUAAACCACAAGCCACCGAAAACCUCACAGAUAAUACAGAGACUGAUAAUAGUACAACUGAACCUCCACCACCACCAAUUUCACAGGAACCAAACGUACCAAAAGAAGUUUUAUGGAGAGAUGAAGAUGUUACAUCUGAUGGCAGUGAUAUAGCUGAAGAUUUAGAAAAAGUUGAUUUAGAAGAGGGUGAAGGCAGCAGUACUACUACUAUAGAAGAUCAUCAAAAACAAGCAGUUGAACAACAACAGCAACCAGAGGAACCAGCAAAACCAAAAAUUAUUAGAUUACCAUUUGAUGAAAAAUCUUUAACUCUCGAAAAUAUCUCUGAAAUUCUCUCAAGCUUUAUAGAUAAUUAUGGUUCAGAAUCAACAACACCAAAAGAAUCUAAAGAGUAUCUUACAUUCGAUAUUGAACCAAACUUUAUGAAGGUUAAACUCCCAUUAUCUUAUAUAAAUAGAAAUUUAGAAUUUGCAUUCCAUGCCCUCUUUCAAGAUAUCAAAGCUUUCCAAUCAUGGAAAGAAGAAGAGGAGCAAAAGAAAAUUGGUGAAAAUAUUCAAAUUUCAUUAAAGCAUAUUAAUCCAAACCGUACAAUUUCUGAUUGGACUCGUUUAGGUCGUUUAGCUUAUAGACUUGGUGAAUUGGGUGAUGCUGAAAAAAUUUUCUUAAAAUUGGUUUCAGAAGAUAAGCUACACCCAUUAGCCAUCACAGGUUUAAUUAAAAUUUUCACUGACCAUGGUGAUAUUAGAAACUGUUUAAUUUCUUCAUCACAAUUAUCAAGAUACUAUUCAAUGAAAUAUAAAACUUUGGAGAUGAAUCCAAUUAUUGAAAAAUCAAUAUUAAAUUUAAUUGCAAUUUAUGGUCUCCAAAAGGUUAGAAAUAUUUAUGCAACUCUUCAAGAUAAUAAUAAUAGUAUUUCAAGUUUAUUCUUUGAUUCUGUUCAAUGGAGAUCCCAUGGAUCAAUGAAUUAAUUUUAAAAUUAUUAAUUAGUUUUUCUUAUAAUAAUAAUCUUUUAUAAUCAUACCCUCCUCUCUUUGUAUAAUCAUUUUCAAAUAUAAUUUAAAUAUAAACAAAAAAAUUAAUAAAUUAUAUAUUCUAAUUUUUUUUUUUAGUAU